ACAUUUGCUUAAAUUGCUAGAUUGAUCAAGAUUAGAGCUGUAAGCACUUCUUUGUCCUAGUCUUUGUCCAAGAAUUAAACUGAUGGAAGAGCGAAAAUGGGAAGAGCUAAACAUGGAUUGUUUGGUGAAUAUAUUUGGAAGAGUGGGAAUGAUGUCCCUGUUAUUUGAUGUUUCCUUGGUAUGCAAGUCAUGGUACACUGCAACUCUCAAUCCUCUUUGCUGGCAGCACCUUAUUUUUCCUCCUGACAUAUUAGAUUCCAUCAGAUCAAGAUUAGUGUAUAAAAAUGGAAUGAUCAGGUUUGAUGAACCUGGAUUUAUCAAGUUUGUCAUCAGUCGAAGUGGUGGAUUUGCUGUUAAACUAGUUCUUCCUGACGAUUAUGCAAGAGAGGCUCUAGUAUGUGUGGCAGAAGGGUGUCCUGCUUUAAAAUAUUUGACGCUGCCUAAUAAUUUCUGGGAAGACAUGUCCAUAAUUCCAAGUCUGAUAAGCAAGUGGAAAAAUUUGGAGAUGUUAAGGCUUGGAAGCUCCAGUAAUAUGGAAGCAAUCCUUACACAAGUCAGCAUUCAUUGUAAUAAUUUUGUUGGUUUAGGUAUUUCAGGAGCCUACAUUGGAGAAAAUAAAGCAUGCGUUCUGGUCACCUUACUGCCCAACAUAAAGUAUCUGGCCCUGAGGCAGGCAUCCCUCAAACGGGAAAAUCUUGUGACGAUUUUGGAGGGCUGCAAAAAACUUGUGUUUUUUGAUGCUAGGGAUUGUGUAGGUUUCGAGUGUGAUGACGAGAUAUUGAAUCUUGCUUCUCAUAUUCCUACCUUCAUGUAUGAGGGUUCAAGAGAGUGGUCUGAUGAUGAAAAUUUUUAUAGUAUUAGUCCUGAUCCUGAUGUCUACGGUGGUUACAACUCUGGUUGAACUCUUCAUGUUUGAAGGUUCAAGAGUGCUGUUAGGGAGCUCGAGUAGUCGGUAGCGAUUGUUUUCUACUCACUGUUUUAAAAGUCAACGUGUAUCUAUGGUGUGGAUGUACUGCUGCAUUACUAAUCUGUUUUCUUUAUCAACUUUAAA